AUGUGCAACGAUCAAUUCGCACCAUCGAUUAACCACGGACCGGUCAUCGUGGUUGAUGAAGUGAGAUGGCCGCUAUACCUCAAUGCGAUUGACGAUACUAAAAGUCUCGCAUCUUCAACUCACAGCUUAUCGAGCUCGAUCCUUCAACAUCGCCAUGAGAAUGGAAGAACUUACCACAAAUACAAAGCGGGAAGAUAUAACUACCCUAAUGACGAGCGGGAGAUGGAUAGGUUAGACUUCCAACACGAGCUCUUCCUCCUUACUCUUAACGACAGACUGGGGCUUGCUCCGCCGAAUGAGCCAGGUUCCAAGGUCAAUCGCGUGCUUGACCUGGGAACCGGCACGGGCAUCUGGGCUAUUGACUUCGCUGAUGAGCACCCGGAAGCAGUGGUUUACGGCGUCGAUCUUUCGCCUACACAAACGACCGCGUAUGGAUCAAAACCCAUAAAGAACUUUUCUGGCAUGCUGAUAUUAUCAUCUAGUGUCCCACCCAACAUCAGAUUUGAGGUUGACGAUAUAGAAGAGACGUGGACAUACCGUGAGCCGUUCGAUUACAUACACUGCCGUGCAAUGACGUCGUCUAUAUCAGACUGGCGGAAGCUCCUCCAGCAAACAUACGACCAUCUCGAGCCCGGGGGUUGGUUCGAAUUGCAAGAAGGUCAUGUCCGACCCUUGUCCGACGACGGGACGCUAACUCGGGAGCACUCACUAUCAAGGUGGGCAGAUUAUAUCGAAGAGGCGUGCAAUAUCAUGGGGCGCCCUUUCGUAAAUGUGCUAUCCCUCGUGGAAGUCAUGAGAGAGAUCGGCUACGUCAAUGUGACGUAUAGCACGUUCAAGUGGCCUCUCAAUACUUGGCCCAAGGAUGAGCAUUAUCAGACGCUCGGCCAUUUUAACCAUGAAAAUUACAUGGAAGGGAUUGAAGGCUUCACACUUGCGCCUUUCACUAGGGCCCUCAAGUGGUCACGGGAAGCGAUCGAUAUGUUUCUCGUUGGCGUGCGUAACGAUCUGAGAAACAGAUAUAUACACGCCUACAUUCCCAUUCAGUUGAUACAUGCGCGCAAGCCUGAGAGGUUGAGUAAAGAUUGA